ACAUCGCGGUGGUUCGUUGCGGACGGUUCGCGAUUUGUUGUUCGCGCCAUAACGUGCGUAGUCUCAUUGUUGUUGUUCUUGUCUGUGUAUUAUUAUUAUUGUACUUUCACUAUCAUGAUAUGCAAGUUGUUGUUGUUGUUUUACGAGUAAAUUUUUGUAGCAGAGACCAACAUAGUUUUUAGAUUUGUGUUGUCAUUGUUGUUGUUGCUAUCGAUAUCGUUGUGCUAUCAUCUCGUUCCUUGUCAUUUUUUGGCAUACCUUAUUGUCGUUCUUGCACCUUCGCCGCCUCCGGCAAACACCAUUCGCAGAAGAUGGACUUCAGUAUGCUGAAGAGGCACGACAGGAAUAACACCGCUUGCAAAUUUCCACGUCUGAAAUGCAUCUGUGUGGAAAGUGCGUCAAGAUAUGAGAGACUGAGUGAAGACGGUGUAUACGAGCUCAGUUCCAUCCCAGAAGAUAGGGACUCCUCAACCGGGGAUUUUCUUGAGUUCAAUUUUGGUCCGGAGUGCAAGGAUUCGACAAACGAAAAACAGGAAGAACUUCUGUUUUACAACGACGAUGGAAGCUUCCAGUCUGUUGUCGUCGAGAGGAACCUCUGCGCCAGCGAUCUGUGUCAACUCCUAGCCCUCAAAAACAGAAUCCCGGAAAGCAUAAAUUGGUGCAUAAUAGAGCACUGGCCCGCUUUGGGUUUAGAGCGAAUCCUGGAGGACCACGAAUAUGUUCUGUCAGCGUAUCGCGACUUAAAGACGUAUUCCCGCGAGAUAAAGUAUAGAUUUAUUUUUCGGAAGGAGUACAGAAAAUAUGAGUUUUUCCAUGAUCCACAGCAAUUCUUCCCGUCCGAUAUGAUUCAUAACGCAAUAUCGUGCAACGACGGGAAUUAUUCCUCCAGCAAUCUUUCUCUACAUCAAAUGAUUACACAAGAGGGUGAAACUCCAUCCAUAUUUUCUCACAUGUGGAUGUACGAUCAGUACAAGAACACAUGGGGCAAGUCUUACAUGCUGCUGAAAGACAAGAAGCUCUAUUAUUCCCUUAAAGUGCAAAGUCUGGCGAAGUUCGUGAGGACGCCGAAGUCGGUGAACUCGAUCUCUAUUAAGGACGACUACGGCGUCGCAGUCUACGCAAAGUUGUCCAAUUACCAAGUGUAUGCUACUCUGAACGCUAAGAAUCAAUUCCGGGCACCCACCGAGUGGGGUUUAUGUCUACGUCCAGUCGGUCUGGACUCUGAAGAUUCGGAAGGCACAGGCCUUCUCUGCUUGGCCUGCGACUCUGAUAAGGGUCGAACCUGUUGGCUCACAGCCAUGCGACUCGCAAAGUAUGGAAAACAGUUACGAGAGAACUACAGGGCAUUCAAAAAUAAGCAAACUGAGUCAAUAAACCCAAAGGACUACAACAGCUUCACAGUACCAAAUGAAUCUGUACGUUCGAGAGUUGCCAUGGAUUUCACGGGAUCUGUUGGUAGGAUAGUUGAUGAUCCAAAAGAAGCAAAAGCGAUAGCUGUAGCUGAGGGCUAUUCGUGGAAGAGGAGGUGGCGGCCUUCUUGCAGGACUCAGACCGGGCACGUGCAAGGUAUAGAAUCUGGAGUGCACAUCACCCAACCAUGGUUCCAUUCAGGCAUGAGCCGCGACCAAGCCUCAGCACUUGUCAGUCGACAUGGAACAGUUGAUGGAGUUUUCUUGGUGCGAGAGAGUCGAUCGAAUCCGGGCGCCUUCGUCCUGACCUACAAGUUCGGUGGUAAGGUGCUGCAUGCACAGAUCACGCCGAUCAUGGACCCAGUGCGUGAAGCUCACGUCUUCUCCCUGGACAGCGGCGUGACCAAAUUCUACGACCUCCUCCAACUGGUCGAGUUCUACCAGCUGAAUGCCGGUUGUUUGCCAACUCGCCUCACACACUACGUCGUCCAAAGCACCAACAUCAUCAACAAUAGCAGUAGCAAUAGCAACAGUCCAACCGGCAUAUAAUGGUUCCGGAAAACGAGAGGAGUAUAGAGGAAGAACGUCGAUGGAAAGCGAUAUUUGAGAAGAUUUUUUUUUUAUUUUGAAACGAAUGAGAUAAGCAAAGGAACGUUAAGAGCGAGAGAGAUCGAAAGAGUGCGUCAAACAGACUGUGGACAAUUUUUUUAACAAAUUAAUUUUAUUUUUUUAUAAAGCUGAAUAUAAAUAUAUAUAUACAUUUAAAAAAAAUGUCAAAAAAAAAAACAAAUAAUAUGUAUAAUUAAUAUUUAAGCGAACUUGUUUUCACAAGGUGAUAUAAUAAUUAUCGUGUACCGUAUUUCCGUUGUCUCUAUUUUCUAAUCUGAUCAGACUGUUCUUCCUGCGUUUGAACACUAUUAACACUAUUUUUGUCUUAAUUUUCUUUAUAGGAUUGCGUUGAUUAUAGAUUUCGCGUACACUUUAAUUAUUUAUUGGGGACCUUGCAAGAGUGUAGAGAUGUUUUCAAAAAA